CUUCACUUUACGGAUUGCAUUCGUCCAAGACGCUCGGAGACUACACGGAUAGACGAGUCCAAAUACUGAGCUUGCUGCCUGUCUUGCAUCUCAUAUAACGCUAGCCAUCCGGGCUACCCCAUAGUACGCCUUCGCCUUCCGCCCUGGCCCACCCGUGGAUGGGCCUCAAGCGCGCCGACUGCUAAUCCGCUCCAAAAUCGAGUACGAUGGUAAUCUCCCCUGAAUAUCCCGGCUUAGAAGUCAAAGUCUGUGUUGUUGGUCAGCAGUUGCAUGAGUACGACGACGAAGAUGCUACACUAAAGACAAUCACCAAGUACAUAGAAGCACGCUCAGACUGCAAGUUCGUGGUCACUGCUAUCUUCCGGCCGCCGUUUUCGACUCGCUACCAUGUCAGAGCGCAACUUUCGAUUGACGGAGUCUCCGUAGCUAAAACAUUUUGCGAACGAGAGAAGCUCCUCCAAAAACAAAUCGAGAUGAGUGGCCAUCGGUCGCAACGAAAUGGAGAAUGGGUCAAACAAGACUUCUGCUUCGCCAAACUGAACAUUGUCGAGGAGGCGCAUGGGCCUGUCCCUAGUGCUGCUGUUUUGAAGCAGACUCUCAGUACUAAAGGACGUAUCACCAUAGCCUUUCAAUUCAUCGAAAGCUACCAAGAUUUGGGACUAGAUCCCCGACCACCCAGCAACAGACGCCAUGAACUUGAAGCGCUGAAGGAAAUCCCGGAGAAAGCACUCAAGGGUGACGCAUUAUCACAUCAAGCAGUUUUGUCAGCGCCUCGAACAUGCCAUGCAGGAUCCUUCUCAUUUCCCGGGAGACACUAUAAGUUCGUAGACCAGGAGCCUUUCGCGACUUUCCACUUCAAAUAUCGGUCACUUGCGAGCCUCAAAACACUUCGAAUUCUCAAAAUCACCGAGCCCACUUCUGUUCCUCUGGAAGACAGGCCCGAGGAGGACCUUACCCCAGCGGAGCUGAGAGAGCUACUGCGUCGCGUGCGACAACGAGAAGGAGAGAGCGAAUCUAUCAAGCAGGAAGUUAGUACUACUGCUAGAGUCAAGCGCGAAAGGACCAUUGACGACAAGGAUGAUGUAAUCUAUGUUGAGACGCGACAAAGCAAACGUCCACGUAUGGAUCAGACCGUCAUCAUGAUAGACUGAGAGCGAAACCUGUACCCGUCUUCACAAUGGUGAGACCGAGGAAAGCAUCGAAAUAUUAAAAGACGGCCCUAUUCUGAACUUGCCACGAGGUGGAAGGAUGUUGUUGCAUUGUUGGCACGAGAAUACGCGGGCUCUGGCAUGAUUGAUGGACGCUGCCGUAUACUGCCAAGGCAGUCCACAUUGAGUUACUCUAAUAUUCGUAUGUAUGUACAUGUGGUCGAUCAUACUAAAACAUGUCUUUCGCGACAAAGAGGUCAUGGUUGUGAGGCCUAGAGAUCGAAAGUGUCGCCGAAGCGUGGACGACGAUGUCACGCAGCUGGAUCGAGGACAUGCAUCAACAAUACGGGAGCUUGUGCUGGGCGAUUGUAUCCUCGACAGUUGUUGUACUUAGAGUUAAAGCUCGGAAAAUAAUCGACGGAUUCCAUCGAC